ACACCACCAUGAAAACCCAUCAUCAACCAAAGCUGAAAACCCAACUAUUCUCAUGUGGUUUCUUUCGCCACUGUACUCAAAGCGUUCAUAGCCCCACAGGUAACACCCCACCCCCACCCCUUCCUCUCACUCCCCCUCGCUUCCAAUGCGAAUCUUCAACCUCUUCCUCUUCUUCCCAAUCACAAAGCUUCACCCAGUGGCAGUGGAGAUUCUCACCAACCAAAAACACAAACACUGUAACCACUCCACCACCACUACAAAUCCAUAACCUCCAAGAACUCUUUCACGUGUCAGAACUCCAACUGACCACAGACCCAAACAGCGCACUCCACCUUCUAGAACGUUCUCUCGUACCCAACCCUCCGCAAGAACAACCACCCUGCCCUCCCAAUCUCAUGCGAGCCCUUAUCCGCAACCUCACCCACGCCACUAAGAUUCUCUUUGCGCUUUGCUUGUCUCACACUAACCGCCGCGUCGCAGUUGAGGCCGGCGCGGUCGGCGCCGUUGUCGAGUCGGCGACCGAGCUCGAUGGCGCGCCGGCUGAGAGGGCUCUGGCAGCGUUGGAGCUCAUGUGCACGGUUCCCGAGGGUGCUGCGGAGGUUAGGGCCCACGCGCUUUCUGUGCCGGUGAUGGUCACCAUGAUGGGAAAGACCGGGGCGCGCGGGAAGGAGUACGCCAUCGGAGUGCUGGCGGUGAUUUACGGCGGCUCGGUGACGGAACAGCUCACAGCGCCGCCGGAAGAGGUGGCGCGUGCGGUGGAGCUGGCGCUUCAAGGGGAGUGUAGCGCGAGGGGGAGGAGAAAAGGGGCACAGUUGUUGAAGAAGCUGAAGCAAUUAUCUGAGGCUGAAAUUGAAGCUGAGGCUCACUCUCUGAACGCAAAUUGA